GCACGUGCGGUAGCGCAGCCUUGCGUUCUUCAGAACUACAUUUCCCAGCGUGCCCCGCGGCGUUCCCACGCAGGCGCCCCGGGCCGUGGACCGACCCGUGCCAGCCCCGGUCCGUGGACAUGGAGGGAGACACCGGAUCCGGGGUCCCGGCGCUGUCGGGAGGGGAUGGAGCAGGCCAGGAACAGGGCCUGGGCCCGGCCGAUGAGGACCAGGACAUGGAAGGGGCCCCCAGCUGCUCGGGGUCGCGCUCCCACCCCUUCGAGUUCGAGCGGGGUCGCUCGGAGUCCAGCGGCGAUGAGGACGACGACGACGAAGACGACGAGGAAGAGGAGGUGGAGGAGGAGGAGGAGGAGAUGGAGGGCGACACCAGGGCUCGGUUCGGAACGGAUGAUGGGGAGCUCGACUCGGACGACGACCGGGAGCGUAUGAUAAACCUCGCAGAGCUGACCCCCUACAUCCUGUGUUCCAUCUGCAAAGGAUACUUCAUCGAUGCUACAACUAUUACAGAAUGUCUGCACACCUUUUGCAAAAGCUGCAUCGUGAGACACUUCUACUAUAGCAACAGAUGUCCAAAGUGCAAUAUUGUUGUACAUCAGACACAGCCCCUCUAUAAUAUCAGACUGGACCGACAACUGCAAGAUAUAGUCUAUAAAUUAGUUGUCAACCUGGAGGAAAGAGAGAAAAAACAAAUGCAUGACUUCUAUAAAGAAAGAGGAUUAGAAGUGCCCAAGCCAGCUGUCCCACAGCCAGUUCCACCAAGCAGAGGAAGACCCCGAAAAGUUCUGGGCUCAGUGUUCCGGAUCCCACCAGAACUUGACAUUUCCAUACUUCUGGAGUUUAUUGGAGCUAAUGAAGGCACAGGGCAUUUUAAGCCUUUGGAAAAGAAGUUUGUACGUGUUUCUGGGGAGGCAACAAUUGGACAUGUGGAGAAAUUCCUGAGAAGAAAAAUGGAUCUAGACCCUGCUUGUCAGGUGGAUAUAAUCUGUGGUGAUCACCUGCUGGAGCACUACCAGACACUGAGGGAAAUUCGUCAGGUCAUAGGAGAGAGUGCAGUACAGGAUGGUCUGCUUGUACUGCACUAUGGCCUGGUGGUGUCUCCGCUAACUUAAAGGUGUCUGGAAUAUCAGAAGGCUAAAGAAUCUGAAGUCGUGGAGCUUCUUCAGUGCUGUUUCUCACCAAAGAAGCCAUUGCAUUUCCUGUGGCAGGAAGCAAGUGAAAGGAACCACCACUAACUGCUGUGUGCUUGUAAUGUAACGUCUGACUUCACCACUGUAAAAAACUGCAGCUUCUGUAAGUACAGCUGUAGAUGUUGCUAUGCUUCAUGUUACUAAUUACUGUCUUCAGAUCUCACUCAGCUCAGGGAAAUUAAAUGCUCCAAGUAGCUAAUUCUUUUUUUUACUUUCUGAAACCACAAGAUUUCGCAGGGUGAACAGCCUUUUUUUCCUCCAUGCUCUGAGAUUUCUCUGGCUGUCUGUCUAGCUAGAACAGUGCUCUCAGGGAUGAUCUUCAAUGAGCAGUAUAAUUUGUUUUUGGGAAGAGACAGUCAUUUGCCUAAAAAAAAAAUACUGUGAUCAUCUGUCUGUGGAUGUGAUUUGGGGAGAGGAAGGAAACUUCAGAAAAGCAGACCAAAAUAGGUAGAAAAUAAUGCAGCAUAAGCAUUGUUUUUUGAGAAGUAGCAUUAAAUUUGUUGUUUUUCUUGAAGAAAGACAAUUUUGUUUGCACUGGAAAUAUAUUUGCUGGUAGUUUGGCUUAUACCAAAUGGUGGAUCAUGCAUCUCUAGUCUGAAUGGAGAUGAGCUGGCUGUAAGCUGGUUGAACUAUGCAUGAAAAAAAAAAAAAGUAGCACCUCUUUCUACCUGCUUGCUGUAUAUAAAGUACUCACUGUCAAUCUGCUAUCAUGUAAAAUCUGUCAACUGACUUGACUGUCAGAAGCAUAAAUCCAUUUACUUUAGCACAUACCUCUCCAGCAGCUGUGGAAAUGGUCACUUUUUCCACUCUUUCCAAGGUGUUUUAGUGCAUUGUAGUGGAGAUCAGGGUUAAGUGAUGUAAUACCUGCCUGUUACUACCAGAUUCACAGAGGAUGUUAGGAUGUUUAAUUUUAACAUGUUAAAAUACUGGGUUUGGUGACAACUGUAACACUUCAAAUUUUCUUCUGUUGGAGAUUUCCAUGUUGUCUUGAGCAGCAUUAAGGACCAGAGGGCUCCGUGUGUUACGGUCUUGCUGCGUACUGGGUCGUCAGUGUGGGGAUUCAUGAAGGCUUCCACUGGGCACCAGGCUCCUUCCCUUCCCUGCAGUCAGUGCAGGGAAAGGGAAGAGAUUCCUUUGUAAGGCAUUUCAGAGCACCUGAGUCACAGAACCAGAGAAUUGCUAGGGUUGGACAGGCCUCUGGAGAUCACCCAGUCCAACGUCCCUGCCAAGGCAGGGUCACCUGGAGCAGGAGACACAGGAAUGUGUCCAGGUGGGUUUGGAAUGCCUCCAGAGAGGGAGACUCCACACCCUCCUUGGGCAGCCUGUUCAGUGCUCUGCCACCCUCAAUGUAAAGAAUUUCUUCCUUCUUUCAGUCCUCUUUUCCUUCUUUCAGUCAGCUGGUGAGGCGGCAGCAGCGAGUGGGCUAAGUCCAGGGGUGAGGGUUUGACUGAGCUGAGCAGGGGUUCUGGAGCUUGGGGACACCUGAGCAGCACCCCAAGCUCCAUCCAGACCUGGAAGCCCUUGGCAGCCAGUCGGGCAUGGAGGGGACAUUGCCAGGAGCGUGAGGGACAUUGAAGUGUCCUUAAGGAGCAGAGCAACCCCUUGUGGCCUCUGCUGGACCCUCUCCAGGAGCUCCUUGUCCUCCUUGUACUGAGGAUCCCAGAACUGGGCACAGCACUCCCGAUGUGGCCUCACCAGGGCUGGGUGGAGGGGUAGGAUCACUUCCCUUGACUUGCUGGCCACACUCUUCCCAGUGCCCCCCAGAUUCCACUGGCCCUCCUGGCUGCAAGGGCUCAAAUGCAUUUGUCCACUGGCAGCCAAAGAGGACUGGCAUCCUCUGUCUUAAGAAAGCUUUCAUGAAUCCUCCCUCAGGCCUUUACAAUAAACAUUGUUUUGUCUGUGAAGGUGGCACCAUAAGAAAAAAGAGUUUUGUUUGAAGUAACUCUCAUGAUGCUUCUAAAUAUGUGACAAAAAGCCUUUUUAGCUACAAACUCCUAUUUUACCUUUAAAGUUUGUAUAAAAGUAGUGUUUAAAAUGCAGCAGAAAAUGAGAUUAUUUUGUAAACACCUUGUGAGUUGUGUUAAUAAAAGAUUAUAUAUUGUAACAGUAAAAUAAACUUUAUUUUAGCCAAUUUAAAA